AUGACAAGCAAACCUAGCGAUGGGCAGCCAUUCGCUGCUGUCCUGGCAGCAGUCGCGACAAUGCAGGGUAAUGUGUCGCGCUCUGAAAAGGCCCAGGCUCAUGAAUAUCUUGAGAAUUUUCAGAAAUCAGUCGAGGCAUGGACAGCCACGCAUGCCAUGCUACAGACUCCAGAAAUCCCUAUCGAGGCGAAGCUGUUUGCCGCGACCACAUUGAAAGGAAAAAUUACCUACGACCUCGAUCAAUUGCCUCCCGAUGCCGUACCUUCUUUGCGGGACUCCAUGUUGAAUCAGCUUGCCGCGUUUGCUUCCGGGCCGCGACCAAUACAGACACAACUUUGCGUGGGCUUGGCUAAUCUUGCCAUUCAGAUGACUUCAUGGAAAGACGUCCUAGCAACGGUGGGAUCGACAUUGGGAAGCAAUGCUGGAGAUUGUGUACUGGAAUUUUUAAAGAUCCUCCCAGAGGAAGUGACCGAAGGUCGCAAAAUCAACCUGAGUGAAGAUGAGCUUGCAGCUAGAACCAAGGAGCUCUUGGACGAUAAUGCGGAGCAGGUCAUGCACCUUCUUACUCAAUAUUCACAAUCAUCAGCCACCGCUGCGACAAACCCCCGAUUGAUCGACUGUAUAACAUCAUGGCUACGUGAGAUCCCCGCUACUCAGAUAGUUGAGUCGCCGUUGCUUGACGUUAUAUUGAAGGCGCUUGAUAACGACGCAUCUUUCGACGCCGCAGUGGAUUGUAUUUGUUCGAUUUACAGAGAUACCCGAGAGGUGGACGAUUCGAUGUCCGCUAUACAGAGACUCUACCCCCGAAUCGUGGCACUUCGACCGAAACUCCAAGAACUUGCCGAAGCCGAAGACGUGGAGGCAUUCAAAGGUUUGACUAGGUUGUUUGCUGAGGCCGGAGAGGCUUGGGUCGUUUUGGUCGCAAGGAUGCCGAGAGAAUUCCGCGGUCUUGUCGAAUCCGUUCUUGAGUGCUGUGUACUCGACAAAGAACGAGAGGCGGUUUCUUUCACCUUUAAUUUCUGGUACGAGUUGAAGCAAUAUCUGGUUCUGGACCGUUAUGCCGAAGCAAAGGCUGCUUAUGCCGAUAUUUUCUCCCGUCUAGUCGACAUCAUGAUCAAGCAUCUCGAAUUCCCAACACCCGAAGAAGGAGAUUCAGCAGAUCUUUUUGACGGUGAUCGCGCACAAGAGGAAAGAUUCCGUGCUUUCCGCCAUUCGAUGGGUGAUGUGCUAAAAGAUUGCUGCGCUGUUAUAGGAGUCACGGAAUGUUUGAUGAAAGCAUAUCAACAAAUUCAGCAAUGGGUAUCGAAGUAUGCCUCGCAGGCAACCAAUGCGAAUGUCCCUCACUGGCAAGAGCUCGAGGCACCUCUUUUCAGUAUGAGAGCCAUGGGACGAAUGGUCGAUUCGGAAGAGAGCACAGUGCUACCACAGGUUAUACCUCUUAUUGUCCAGAUCCCAGAUCACGAAAAAGUGCGCUUCUCUGCAAUUAUGGCACUCGGCCGGUAUACAGAGUGGACAGCUAAUCACCCCGAAACGCUGGAAGCACAGCUCAAUUAUGUGAUAUCCGGAUUCCAACAUACUUCUCAGGAGGUCAUCGGAGCGGCAGCCCUUGCCUUUAAAUAUCUGGGUAGCGACUGCAAUAAACUUCUUGGAGGACACAUACCACAGCUUCACUCGUUCUACGAGUCGGUACUGGACAAGCUCAAGCCACCGAGCCAGGAAGAAAUAACCGAGGGUGUUGCUGCAGUUGUCGCAGUUCAGCCUCUUGAUAAGAUAUACGAAUCGAUGAAGCUUUUCUGUGAUCCGAUUAUGGCUCGAAUCAUGAAUCUAGCAAACAAUGCACAAGACGAGCAAGGACAGAGAGCAGUCGCGGAUCACUUGCAAUUGAUCACCAUCUUUAUUCAGCUCGUCACGCCAUAUGUUGGACCACAUGGAGAGAAUCCUGCUGUCAAGUACUGCGGCGAGAUUAUGCCUAUCCUCAACACUCUCGUCAUGAACUUUACCAAGUCUACGCCGAUAUUGGAACGAGUCUGCCGUUGCUGGAGAUACAUGAUCAUUUCUUACCGAACAGCCAUGAUCCCCUUGUUACCAAGCCUAGCACAGAGCUUGGCAGCUGGGUUUGAAGCGUCCCGAGAGGGUUGUUUCUUGUGGGCUACGGAUGCGGUUGUUAGAGAAUUCUCCGAGGGUGCUGAACUGGUGGACGCGGCUACAAGUCAGGCUGUGUAUCAGUUCUUUGAGCAACAAAGUCUUGCAUUUUUGCGAAUUUUGAACGAGUUGCCUCCUGAGCAAUUGCCAGAUGUGAUCGAAGACUUUUUCCGUCUUGCCAGCGAUGCAAUCCGCUUCUAUCCCAAAGAGUGUGUCACGUCCUCACUUGUGGUACCUAUCUUCUCCGCGGGUAUUAGUGCUCUCACGUUACAACAAGUCGAUCCGCUUAUUGCAACACUGCAUUACUAUCGGGACCUGUUGAGUUUUGGAUUUGAAACGCCGUCUAUUUCCAAUUUUAGCGACUCUGACGGUCAGCCAUAUUCAAACCCACCUGAAGUACGGAACGCGGUGAAGGAGUUGGUCGGAAACCAAGGUCAACUUCUGGUUGAGCGAGUUCUGACAGGAAUGAUGUUCAGUUUCCCAGAGGACUGCUUCCCUGAUGCCUCUGGAAUACUUAUGACACAAUUUGAGUUGAUGCCACAACAGACUGGACUAUGGGUGCAAUCAACGAUAGAACGACUCCCAGCUGGCACAAUGAAGCCUGGUGAAGCUGAGAGGCUCUUGACAAGCAUAUCCGAGAAGAUUCAACAAGCAGAGAGUCGCAAGAUACGUGUGCUCCUACAAGAUUUCACCAAUUCAUACCGCCGACGGAACGUUGCACCCCGAGAUGGCCUUGGAAGAUACCCUGAAUGA